AGGCAGUCCCCUCCUUACGGCCGAGCCGAGUGGUCGCCGCGCGAUCGUGAUUCGUCCCUCGUUAUUGUGCCUGUUGUCGUUGGUUGCACGUCGCGUCGAGCCCGCUGCCCGCGCGGUGCAGAGUGCAACAAGUGAGUGCGACGCAUCUGGAUUAACCUGGUCCCGGCGGGCCGAAGAGGAUCGAGUCUCCACCGCCUGUGGAAGGAUCAUAUACAAGAGCAAUCUGCAAAGUGCACGAGUAGAACAGUUUUUCAUUUUAAAUAUAUUUCACGAGUGACAUCUAUGUGCAAGUGCCUGAAGAAAGCCACAAUGUUUUAAAUGGAGCGACGCUAAACACCGCGUUUACGAUCAUCACAAGGACUCGUGCCAGAGAAUGAGACGGAAGAAGUGGGUGCGAGUGUGACUGGUGUGACGUGGGCGUGACGGCGCGGCGGCAUGUGCGGCGUCCGGGCGCCAUGCUCAUCACGCAGUACACGGCGCUGCUGCUGCAGUCCGUCAAGAAGCCCCUCGGCCCGGAGAACCAGGAAGAUGACGACUCGCCGCUCAGCUCGUCCACCGCCUCCCUGGAGGACGCGCUGGAAGUAGAUGCGCUCCUGGACCACCCUCUGGAGGAGCCUCGCCGCUGGCUGCACAACGCGGGCUACAUCGGCCCCGGGCCAUCGCACGGCUACAGGGGUGAUGGCUUCCUCGAGCCCUACAUGGCGGGGCUGGGGCCCGUGCGGCCCGACGAGGCGCCCGCCGCCAAGCGCCCGCUGCCCCGGCCGCGGCCCCGGCCCAGGACCAUCCUCACGUCGGACACGGACGACGACAACGACAUCGACGACGACCUAGUGGACGACGAGGAGGAGGACGACGACGACGACAGCCCGUCGGAGCCGGCGCCCGCGUCGGCGCCCGGGCGGCGCGCUGCCGGAGGCCGGAGGCGGCGCGCGCCCCGCAGCCGCUCGCGCAGCCUCACGUCGCUGACGGACGGCGAGGACGCCAUGGGCGGCGGCGGCCUCGGGGGCGGCCUCGGGGGCGGCCUCGGGGGCGGCCUCGGGGGCGGCCUCGGGGGCGGCGUCAGGCUCACGAACCACUUCAGGAUCCUGGAGAUCAACGGCAGCCAGGGCAGCCUCAGCCAGGGCCCCGAGUCCAGCGCCGGCUCCUCGGCGGACUCCGGCAGCGGCUGGGACGCCGUGGACUCGCCGUGCGACAUCAGCCUCCUGGAGCGGCUCAUCCGCUCGCACCCCGUGUGGUUCCUGCCGGGCAUCCAGCGCGCCGGCGCCUUCCACCUGCUGCAGGGCAAGGAGGAGGGGAACUUCGUGGUGCGGCAGUCCAGCCAGGCCGCCACCAUGGCCAUCUCGGUGCGGCUGCCGCCGCUCAAGGGCCCGUACAUCGAGCACUACCUGGUGCAGGCCAACGAGAACGGCCAGCUCAGCCUGGAGAGCUCCGACAACCGCUUCGACUCGAUCCCCCAGCUCAUUGCGCACUACUGCCAGUGCUGCGACGAGCUUCCCGUGCAGCUAACACUUCCACGGGCGAUCCGGGAGGCUAGGAAUAGACAACAGUUGACGUCGCUGGCACUUCUCGGUCAAGAGUUCUGGCGGUACCCAAUGGCCAACCCCCGGCCCCCGGACCAGGCGGUAGCCGGCCAGGACAGCCAGGGCGUCACAAUCCGGAGCAGCGGGAGCAACAGCCAGGCCAGCAGCCUGAGCAGCCUUGGUAGCGGCAACAACAAUACCCCCGUGGCGCUGGACCUGGACAGCCACGGCGACUCCAUCGUGCUCAACCUGGCGCCGCUCGUGUACUCGCCCGACUCGCAGCCGCCCAGCCUCAUGAGCACGUUCGGCAAGGGCAGCGAGGGCGUCGCCAGCCCGACGUGCUCGCUGGGGCCCACGUCCCCCUCAGGUACGGGGCCCGCCGCACCCUUCGCGGCGCCGCCUGCGCCCUGCUCCACCUCCACCACCGCAUCCACGACAUCGACCGUGUCCGCCACUAGCGCUCUCUCUCGCGCACAGCGCCCCACUCCUCCCAACACCCUGAACCUUGUGUCCGCUACGACAGCACAAGGUCCUAGGUCAAAUUCAGCUAGUCCAGCUCAGGGUGUCCAGACACCAAGUGCUCUCGGAGGAAAGACACCUCCUCCCCCUCCUCCUCGCUGGGCCAAACCUUCACUGUCUAUUAGUCAAACUCCCACCCCUUCUGAGGGCCAUGAUCUUUCACCGCCCCCCAACCUCGAGUCGAAAAGGCCUUCCCUCGAGUCGGACGGGCUGCACACGCUCUCAUCACACAGCAGCGUGAGCAACCUGACCGAGUCGCAGUCGCUCUCGCUAUCGCUGUCCCAGUCGCAGUCGCUGUCGUUCGGGCAGCAGGCGCAGCCCCAGCAGCCGCGCAGCCAGGGCGCCAGCCAGGGCCCCAGCCAGGUCACCUCGCCGUCGACGCCCAACAGCGAGUCGCUCAGCAAGUCCAUCGGGCGCGGCAGCCGGCGGCACCACCGCACCCGGAAGGAGUCCAACCACUACCAGGAGUCGGACAUCCUCGAGUCGGUGUACUACCACAGCUCGCUGGCCGACAAGCAGAGCGACUACGAGGACAUCUGGGGCCAGGAGAUGAGCACGUUCAAGCCGCACGGUCCCCGCGCCGCCUCGCGCUCGUCGCCCUUCUCCUCCGCGGAGGACACGAGCGUGGGGUCCGGGCUCCAGCGGCUGCACCAGCGGCAGCCCGACCUCCUGGAGCGGGUCGGGACGCCCAUCGUACCUGAGCCGUCACAGAGCCUGUUGCACCAGCGCAACCGGCUCGGCCUGGCGCUCAACACCAGCGUCUCGCAGUCCUGCGGGAACCUCACCCCGACCAACGGCAGCCACUGCGGCAGCCCGCUGCUCACCCCGGACGGCAGGUCGCCGCCCGUGCCGCCGCACGGCGUGGUGCCCGCGGACGCCACCACCCCCACCGGCAACGGCAACGUGCAGCCCGCCAAGCAGGGCAGCCCGUUCUACGCCGAGCCGGCCGACGCCAUCAAGCAGGCCGGGCUGGUGGCGCGGCGGAGGCAGCGGCCGCAGGGCUACCCGCAGGCGUCACGCGUGGCGCAGAGGCACUCGGACCCGUCGGCGUUCCACCAGUGGCCGUCGGUGACGGGCGGGCGCAUCCUGGAGAGGAUAGACUCGUCCGAGGAGCUGGCCAACAUGUCGUCCUCGGCCGACAACCUGGCCAUGCUGAGGAAUUCGAGGAGCAGCGGUAGCAUAGCCAACAACAAUAUAAUUAAUAACAACUUUAGCAACAUCGUCAAUAGCAACAAUAACAACAAUAAUAAUAAUAUUAAUAGUAGUAAUAAUAAUGUGAAUCAUCGGCCGAGGGCCAAGCCUGUCCAGCCACCAAGAAUAAGGUCCGGGAAGGCAAGUGAUAACUCCUGGGCCGUGGAUUCUAGCUGGGAGUUCAUAGGAAACGAUGAUGACAACGAGACGCAGCGCGAGGCGGACGGCGAGAGGGAGGCGAAGGAGGCCCUGGAGCGGCAGGACUCGCAGGAGCGGCAGUGCGGCGGCGGCGGGCAGCGGGUGCCGGGCGCGGUCACGGUGCAGGACAUCAUCCUGCAGCGACUGCCGGAGCUGCGCGCCCUGCCCGAGGUCGUGCCGAGGCACGGCGACCGGGACAGCUCGCUGUCGAGCACGCGCGUGUCGGCGUACGACAACGUGGAGGGCCAGCACGGCCACCGAGGCCAUUCGGUCGGCUCGCAGCACCACGGCUCGCACCACGGCUCGCACCACGGCUCGCACCACGCGUCGGACAACGAGGACGCCCUGACCGAGUUCUCUGAGCCGUGGGACACCUCUCGCUGGGAGAACCUCCUGCGGCGCUCCGAGACCCCCGACACGACGUCGGCGGCCACGCGCCUGUCGUCGAGCUGCGCGCCGGAGGACGACGACAACGACCCCGCGGCCCUGGACGAGCCUCCUCGCCACCCGGGCGUCCCCAGCGCCACGCUGCUCCGACAGCAGGCCGGCCGCGGCGCCAGCGUCACCAGGAACAAGAGCUUCAGGGAGAAGCUGGACCCGCUGCUGUCGCCGCCCCGUCUGCACGCGCUCCGCAGCCGCGACACGGCGGGCCCCGGCGCGUCCAUCCGCGCCUACGCCCUGCACCUGGCCGCCGACAAGAGCACCACCUUCGCGCAGAACGUGGACAACUUCAUCGCCUGCACGAAGGAGUCGCGGGAGACGCGGCCGCAGGUGGUGAUGCGCAACAUGCGCCAGUUCAUGUCCGGCAUGAAGAACUACCUCGUCAAGCACGGCGAGCGCGAGUUUGACGGCCAGGUGGAGAAGGAGAGGGGCAAGCUCAAGGCCAACGAGUUUUUGAACUUGGACGCGAUCCUUGAAGGUGUCAUGCACAAACUGGUGGUUCGGCCUCUCAAGGAGCACCUCUACAAGCUAUUUGUUGAGGAGUACACACGAUCGGGGGCCAUUCAAUUGCUCGCCGAGAACAUUCAGUAUGCCCGUACUAAACCCCUCCAUGAGCUGGGAAUAAGGUCAAAGAUAAUUCCACCAACUGAAAAAAGCCUAGAAACCAUCUGCCACUUUCUUCGUCGUCUGCAGGAGGUCGAUUCACCUCUUGAGAAGCUUGAAAAUCUUCUCACAUGCAUCUCUGCCAUUUUCAACUCGGUGAAAUCUUCAAAUGCUGGACGAGGGUCUGUUACUCUUGGUGCAGAUGAUUUUUUGCCACUGUUCGUUUGGGUCCUUGUACAAAGCGGAAUGAUGGGGGCAGAAAUUGAAGCGGAAUACAUGUGGGGCCUUCUUCACCCUUCUCUCCUCUCAGGAGAGGGUGGAUACUAUCUGACCACUUUAUCAUCUGCUGUCCAUGUUUUGAAAAAUUUCAGAGCAUGUUCAGAGGAGCAAAGCCGCUCCACAGGCAUAGGGCAAAGUCUUGAUUGGGGGACUGGGCCUUUAACAGAGUUUCGCUCAGUUCUAAAGAUAGUUGUCCCUGAUGAACUACAUGGCUCCAUAAUUACUAAGACAUUACCAGUUAGGCCAAACAUGACCACUCGAGAGGUAUGCAAGAUCAUUGCUCACAAAGCCCGCAUCACAAAUCCUCAAGAUUAUGGACUGUUCAAACUUGUUGAUGGUGAAGAAACUCUACUCACUGAUGCUGAAUGCCCUCAAGAUGUGAAGGGCGGCGUUGCUCAAGCAGGCAAACAUUGCAUGUUUGCUUACAAACGUACGGAUGCGAAGAUAGCAUGGCCUAGAACUGCCUCACCUAUGCAUUGAAAGUUCUUAAUAAUGUUAUUGUAAACUAGAAUCCAUACAUAGAUGAAGUACUGUUAAUUCUCACAGUCUAUUUGAGAACCUGUGAUUAACAUUACCUAAAUAUAGUUUGUCAGUAGUGACAAAACAGCAAAGCAUUUUGGCUGAACUGUAAACAAACAAACACAGAAUUUUAAAAAAAGAACAACACAGAAAAUGUCUGUACUUAUGCAUAAGUGAGGCAUCUAAAAUGGGAACAGUUUCUAAAAAUUAAAGUAGAAAAAUAAAAAUAACAAUGUAUGGUUUUCAAAGUCUUACAGUCACUACAUUGUGCCAUUAUAAAAUGUAAAUAUAUGUACAUUUUUUGUUUGAGUAUUCUGAGUGCUUCUCAAAAUUUGGUUUCUUAAUACCUUCAUGAUUGAUUUUUGAUGAGUGCUUGAGAAGCAAAUUUAUGUUGAAUGAUUGUAGUAUAUAGACAAAACAACGACUAAGGUGCAUAUUUCCAUAAUGUAAAGAUGUUUAAUACAGAACUAAAUUAUUUUAACUUCUCUUGUAUAUUUUAAUUGUACAUUGUAUUGUUCAUUUUACUUCUGUUCAACUAGACUGUGAUUAACUGUAAAUAUUCUAAUAUGCUGUGUAAAAAUAUGUAAUAAUUGUGCUGGUCUGUGUUUUUAUUUUAAACUUGUAAAAUAAUAGGAAUGUUUCUCAUUUUUGUGCUCAAGUGAAGACUAUAAAAUUACUUGACCAUGAAUACCUUUCUGAUUAGAGCUAAAGGCCAGGCCUUGAGGCUUCAUUUGACAAGUUACGGUAUUGUGUUCUACAUACAUUGUUAAUUCAUCUCUAUAGGUGUUGGUUUGGCCUCACAAAGCCUAGCCCACUCAUCUCUUUUUUUUUUCUUUCUUCAUUGGCUUAAAUCAAUGAAACAAAUCAAUACAAAAUGAAGCAUCAGUCUCAUAGUUGAUUUAGUCUCGUGAAACCAGUGCAGCUCAAGCGCUCCCGCCAUUUGCUUGGUGUUAUCUCGGUUGAAUAAGAAGUUGAAGCAACAUCAACUGCUUCAAUUUGGUAACUAAUUACUAGGUGGCUUCAGUAGCAGUGGUUUUUCAAGACAGAAUCAACCAUCAGGCUUUGUAUUUAACUUGGAUUUUUAUGAAAAAAAUUGCACCAUUCAUCUAUAUUUACUUUGUAAGGAAACUACAUGUGUGGAGGUAACAUUAUUUUACCUUAAUGAUUGUCAUACAGUGUAUUUUUGGUCAAAUAUAUUUUUCCUACUGUUAAAGCUGCAAACAUUGUGGACUGUAAAUGCCAACUACCUUAGUAACAGAGAAUUGACACAAAUUAUCACAAUGACAUCAAGAAUUUGUUCACAGUAUACCUUGUCAUGGUGACGUGUUUUCUUACAUUAAUGUUGACAAUAAUUUGUUAUCACUUUGAUAUCAAAGUAAUGCCAAUUUUUUAUCUACAGCAGUGGAGGAAAGCAAGGUAUAUUGCGACAAAUAGUUGAUGUCAAUGUGAUGUGAGAAUACUCUGCUACUGUAGUGGUAGGAGAUGCACUGAUGAACCAAAUAUUAUACAAAAGCUUUAAAAUGCAGUGAGAGCAAAAAAAUUGUAUUGAGUUGUCCUAUGUUAAUCUAAUUUUUUUAAAGCUUUAAGCAUAGAUAACAUUAAUUUUUCUUCAUUCAUUGUUUAAAAUAUUUGCUUGGCUUUAAAAACAUGACCUGAUUAUGAAAAUUAACAGAAAUGUUUCUUUUAAAUAUUCAAUCUUACGUCAGAUUUCGUGCACUGCACCAGCAUUGUGUAUCAGUCUGCGUGUUUGUUGUGUACAUAGCCAUUUUACUAAUAUGCUAGUCAUGAAGACUUUAAGAUAAAGGAACUACCUAGUUACGAAUUGAUUAUAAAUGCCAUAUGUGAUGAACACAUUUUGUGUAUAAGUGAAAUUGAUCUUUUCCUGUUUUCCCUCUUUCACUUCAUUCACAAAAGAUUCAUGAAAAGAUGUAACCUUGUAAUUGUACUACCCUUUUGCAAGUAAACAAAGCUCUUUUCAAGAUAA